CUUGCACCUCUUGUCAGGCCGGGUCAUGCUCGCUAGCCUCCGACAGACUAUCCGACAUUAUGCAACCUACAGCAAGCGGACGACGAUCCUCGUUCAACGUGGAUAUGCGACGACGGCUGAUCACGAUCCUUCCAAGUUCCGGAAUAUGGCAGUUGUUGCCCAUAUAGAUUCUGGGAAGACCACCUUGACUGAAUCUAUCCUUCUGAAGUCUUCCUACCUUUCGUCAGCAGGCUCAGUGGACACUGGCAGCACAACCACCGACUUCCUACCAGCAGAACGCGAGCGGGGGAUAACAAUACAGUCCGCUAGCAUUCCCGUUAAAUGGAGGGACUGGACCUUUAAUUUGAUUGAUACGCCUGGCCAUGCCGACUUUGGUAUGGAAGUAGAAAGUGCAAGCCGAGUGGUGGACGGUGCGGUAGUGUUAAUCGAUUCCGUGGAAGGUGUCGAGGCACAGACGAAGGGAGUAUGGAGACAGCUGGAUAGGUACGACGUUCCGAGCCGCGUCGUCUUCCUCAAUAAGCUUGACCGACCUGGUGCAUCUUUUCGAAACUCGAUACGGUCCCUGCUGUCGCAUCGUCUGCAUCCGAAGCCUAUAGCCUUUACGCUCCCGAUAGCUUCUUUUGACCCCAGCAACUACAAGACCGCUGAACCCGGAAUAGAGGGCCUUGUCGAUCUCGUGAAAUGGGAAGUCUGGAAGUGGAAUGAUGAGCGGGAAUCUGUUCGAACUCCUUUACCAAGGGAAGCCUAUGAACUCGCCGGCUGUGGCAUCUUGCCUGCGUCGCAUCCUUUGCUGGCCCAUCUCGUGGCUGCACGCACUGAGCUGCUGGAAAGCCUCUCGAUGUUCUCAGAGCAACUCAUGGAGUCCCUGCUUAGUCUGCCAUCCUCCCCUUCCGCAUAUCUUACCGUCGAUGCAACCGGUAUCCUACCUGAGGUUCGCGCAAUGACACUGCGAAAGGAGAUCCUUCCUGUUUUCUGCGGGUCUGCCAUCAAGGGAAUUGGGACAGAUAUUCUCCUGGACUACGUAGGAGAGCUAUUGGCUAGUCCUGUGGAUGUGCCACACGACAAGCAGUCGCCGAAGUCUCCGGUCCGGUUGCUCGCGUGGAAAGUAGGCUGGGACAAAAGGAAGGGCUGGAUGACGUUCGUACGUGUAUACUCUGGGACGCUCAGACGGCAGAGUGCCAUCUUCAACGUAACCCGAAAUCAAAAGGAAAAGGUGUCAAAGCUUCUUCUACUAUACGCGUCUGAGGCAGAAGAAGUCGAUGAGCUCCCGUUCGGAGCCGUUGGGGUUGUUCUUGGAUUGAAGUAUACACGCACGGGAGAUACUCUCGUGUACCCUAUGUCAAAGGAGUUGGAAACAGCCGUCUCUCGCGACAUCACACCUCCGCAGGCGGUAAUGUCUGCCUCCAUCAUUCCACAAUCUCAUGCAGACCUAGAGCCAGUGCAAGAAGCGCUUCAUGCACUCUCUCGAACUGACCCUUCUGUGCGCGUGGAGACCCAAGAAGGGCAGCUCUUGGUGCAUGGACUCGGGGCUCUGCAUCUUGAGAUUAUCGAAGGCCGUCUGCGGGAUGAAUGGAAUGUUAGUUUUGAGGCCGGCAAGCGUCGCGUCAGCUACAGAGAGGGGCUCGGGCCUGGAAUCCAGGAAGAGAACGCGGACUCGUGGCCGACGGAAAUAGGCGGUAGGCCGGUCAAAAUCAUUGUGUCGUUCAAGAUCAGAAAGCUCGAGUCCUCCGAAAACGGUGAUCCUCUCUGGGAUGACAAUGUGGUCCUAGGCAAGAACGGCAAAUCCCUACCUCCUCCACAAUCAGCGGCAAGGCAAGAUGAUCCUAUGGCAUGCAUAGCGAGGGGUGUAUCCGAUGCUCUGUCCAAUUCACCUCAUACGUCCUUGCCACUAUCACACUUGCAUAUCCAAAUUACCAACUAUCGUUAUCCUGAGGAGGCACCGGCGAGCACAUUAGCGGGGGCAAGCGCGUUCAUUCUACGAAAUCACAUCCGCGGAUUUGGUCCGGGGCCUAUCCUGGAACCUUACAUCCGUGUCAAGGUCACGGUAAACGAAGACAGUCUGGGGAAGAUUGUAAAGGAUCUAACGGAAAACGGUGGCGAGAUCCAAGACCUCGGCGCUGACGCUACGGCACUAUCAGCUGGGGAAGAUGAGUUGGAUCCUUACCCAGACGACGGCAUCUACACGCCUCCCGAAUGGCUUUCCCCUUCGUCUUCGUCGUUUACGCAAUCUGAGGGAUCCCCUGCGCGGCUGAAACGGUCCAUCUAUGCAUUGGCGCCAUUGAGCCGGAUGCUUGACUAUUCCAGUAGGUUACGAGCUUUGUCUGGCGGGCACGGACUGUUCGAGAUGGCCAACGCUGGCUUCCGCGAGGUGUCCGAGCUGCGAAGGUUGGAGAUCCUGAAGGAGAUAGGUCGAGCAUGA